UUUGCGUUUCAUGGAGAGCCCUAAGAACGUGACCUCCUCUCUUGGGAAGCCAGUGGCUGUUCAGUGCAUCCUGCGAGUGGACGGCGAGGGCCAGGGGCCCCUGGAUGUGCUCUGGCUGAAGGAGGGACAGUCGCUGGAGUUUGCAGACACCAACCAGAUGCAACUCCCCGUAGAUGAGAACAGCUGGCUGGUUUUUAGUGAACUCAAGAUAGAGGAGGUACAGCUCUCAGAUAUGGGCGCCUAUCAGUGUGCAGUUUCAUCUGGUGAAGAGGAGGCAUUAUCCAUGGAGGGAUACAUCCAACUAGAGGGUCUCCCUCAUUUCUCGGUAGACCCGCAGCAUUUGUCAGUCGUGGCUAACGAAGAGCUGAGUGUGCGCUGUGUGGCUCACGGUCCUCCUGAUCCGGUGCGGGUCAUCUGGCUUCAGGACGGGGCUCCUCUCAAUAACCUGAAUGACCCGAUAUCCCUGUCGCCCUCAACCCUCAACAUCUCAGGUUUGAAUAAAACCAGCUCUUUCUCCUGUGAAGCUCACAAUCGUAAAGGUGUGGCGUCAUCUGGCACAGGUGUUGUGACCGUUCUUCCUUCCCAGCCCCAUGACAUUACAGCUGAAGAAAUCACUAAUUCAAGUAUUCGUCUGUCUUGGCACUUGGGCUUUGGAGGAAUUUAUCCCAUCAGCCACUGCAUUGUUCAGGUCAAAGCGUCUGGUGAAGACUCUGAUCAGGUCAUCUCCAGUCAGACGGUCAGCGCAUCUGACACCAGCCGUCUGAUCUCAGAUCUGGAGGCCUUCAGCCAGUAUGAUCUCAGAAUGGCCUGCCGGAGCAGUCAGGGCGUCUCGAGCUGGACGGCCUGGAUGAGCGUCAGCACCAGUGAAGGAGUUCCCAAUACAGCCCCAGACAAUGUGACGGUUGUGGUGAAUGGAACAGAAGUGCUCCUGAGAUGGUCAGAACCUCCUGGAAAGAUGAAUGGACGGCUGCAGGGAUACAUGAUGGAGUACAGCGCACCUAACAUGGAACAGGUUGUGGUGGACACAGGUUUGGACACAGAGCUGUUUGUCAAUCUCUCAGCCCCCCUGUCGAAUGUUUCCUUUAGAGUGUGUGCAUACACCGGAGCGGGACAGGGGCCCUGGACGCCCCUCCAAACCAUCACACUCAUUCAUGCAGAAACGGGGCAAUCCAGAGGUAUCUUGAGUGCUCCGGCAUUCUCCUGGCACUGGUGGUAUGUGGUCAUGGCCAUCGCCACUGCCGUCGCUCUCACUCUGCUCUUGGCCGUGUACGUGACCAGGCUGAGGCGGAAGGAGACACGCUUUGGUGAGGCGUUUGAACCCAUGAUGGAGAGCGGUGAACUCGUCGUUCGAUACCGAGCUCGUCGAACGUACAGCCGACGCACAACAGAAGCCACACUGAACUCUCUGGGGAUCAGCGAUGAGCUCAAGCAAAAGCUACAGGAUGUAAUGGUGGACAGACACAAGCUAACGUUGGGAAAAACACUUGGGGAAGGUGAGUUCGGCUCUGUGAUGGAGGGUUCGCUCACUCAGGAGGACUCUGUGCUCAAAGUGGCAGUGAAGACCAUGAAAAUUGCCAUCUGCACUCGCACUGAAAUGGAAGAUUUCCUGAGAGAGGCGGCGUGCAUGAAGGAGUUCGAUCAUCAGAACGUCAUGCGGCUUCUUGGUGUGUGUCUGCAGACGGUGGAGAGUGAAGGCUAUCCGUCUCCUGUCGUCAUUCUUCCCUACAUGAAGCACGGCGACCUCCACAGCUACCUGCUGUACUCCAGACUUGGAGACGCACCUGUGUAUCUGCCCUCUCAGAUGCUAGUGAAGUUCAUGACAGAUAUCGCCAGAGGAAUGGAGUACCUGAGCAGAAAAAACUUCAUUCACAGAGACCUGGCAGCUCGAAACUGCAUGUUAAAUGAGAACAUGAAUGUGUGUGUGGCUGACUUUGGCUUGUCGAAGAAGAUCUAUAACGGAGACUACUACAGACAAGGGCGCAUCUCUAAGAUGCCUGUCAAGUGGAUCGCCAUCGAGAGUCUGGCGGACAGAGUGUACACUACUAAAAGUGACGUGUGGUCAUUUGGAGUGACAAUGUGGGAGAUCGCGACUCGAGGUCAGACACCGUACCCUGGAGUGGAAAACAGUGAAAUCUAUGAUUAUCUGAGGCAGGGCAACCGUCUGAAACAGCCUCCAGACUGCCUCGACAGCAUCUAUUCCCUGAUGUUUUCCUGCUGGCUGCUGAGCCCGAAGGACAGGCCGAGCUUUGAGAUCUUGUGCUGCGAGCUCGAGAAGGUCCUGGAAGAUCUUCCGAGCCAAGACCCAGAUGAGAUACUCUAUGUCAAUAUGGAGGAGACCUCCGGAGAGCUGGGGGCCGUGGGGGGCUGGGACCCCAUAAUGGGGGUCCCGUGUGCUCUCGGGGCCCUGAAGGGUUCGGGCUCAGUGGCCACUGUAGAAGUCCACCACCCCAACCGCUACGUGAUCUGCCCCCAGCAUGAGAACCAGCGCCUCCUCAACGCCGACUCCAUGGAGAGUCUGACCCUGACGGGGCCCGUGCCUUCCUCCUGCUCUACCCCAGUGCCCUCUGAAGGGCCGUCCCCGGAGGACAGAGACGAGAAGAAGAGAGUGCCACGGCUGACAGGGACCUAGACUGCCUGGUGGACUGCCGAGCUAUCAUUUUGCACAGACACGCCAGACAUUCAGUGUUUAAAGUGAAUUGUCUUUUUUAUGCUUUUCAGACAAACAUGCUUCCUUUUCAUUCCAAAUUGUCCUUUAUGUUCAGCCUGUGUCAUGAGAAAUCAGUUUCCAGCGAUAAGUAAUUUGUCAAGUGAUUUGCGCAGCAUCAACCCAUAUUGCAGAUCAUUGGUGUUUUGAAUGAUGUUUGCUUACUGUUGCUCAUACAUGCAGGGAUUCAUACUUACUGAACGAUUUUAGCCCGAAACUGCAUCGUGUCCUGCGGUGUGAAAUCUAUUUUGACUGGAAAAUUACAUCAGCGAUGACCUACAGCCAAUGAGAGAGCAAGAUACAGGGCAGCGGGAAGUUCAGGGGGAGGAGUCAUAGACCUGUGACAGAGCACGCAUAGCUUCUGCAAGCCACCAUUGCCUGUUCAGGUUUUUUUUUUUUUUUUACUGCAAACCAGCAUACAGACUUGUAUCGCAAGCUUCUUGUGGGCUACAGUUUCUAACAGGAAGAGAUCCAGGCUGGCGCGAGAACUGUCUCACAGGCAGCCUUACAUUAUUUCCUGUAUCACUUCUCGCGAGGGUUCAGUUGUGAAAUGUAGUUUGUAGACCAGAGUUGUCACCUGAAAGGUUGUGUAAUGAAUGAACCUCUGUCGUGUCGUGUGCACACAACAGCAACUAGACUGAACAGAAAUCCAGCUACUCGUGCAAAAUCAUGCAGGGUGUUCCCGGCAUUAGUGUUAGUGAUCUGAAUAACCCCAUACCUCUGUGUUUUACACUUUGGGGAUGGACAUGAAUGACCCCUUAAAUUAUACGGCUUGUUUAGGAGAUGUAUUACUUUUUAAAGACAUUUAGUUUAUAAAAACGUAAGAGACAUGGGAGUGGGCUUGUCUUUUCUUUUUUUUUUUAAUUAGUCCAGAAAGCAAGCACCAAGAACACCAUAGUAAACGCAUGGCAUUGCCUUAAGAACUACUGCACACUCUUUAAAAAUGCUUCCUAAUAGGGUGUUUUCACAGUGAUGCAAUAGAAGAAAUUUUGGGUUUCCAAAGAACCUUUCAGUGAUCAGUU